AUGGUGAUUGCUGGAGUCAUCCGCCCACCUCCUGAUAUCCGUGUUGUUGUGGAUCGAACAGCAGCGUAUGUCGCUAAGAAUGGGAGAGCUUUCGAGGCUAGAAUAUUGAAGAGCGAGAAAGGGCGUACGCCCAAGUUUGCAUUUUUGCAACCAUCAUCUCCGUUUCAUGCUUACUAUGAAGAUAGGAUACGAGUCUACGAAGUCGGUGGCGACGAAGAACCAAAAGAGAGCAAGGAAGAAACUAGUUUGAAGGACGAGAAGUUGAAAUCGCAAGAUAAGGCAAAGCAACAGUCUUUGGUGCGAAAAGAAAAGAAGCAGCACGCCACUGCUAUUGAUCCUGUUGCGAAAGCUGUCUUGUUGCAUCGUGGGAGAAUUACAAAGGAGAGGGAGAAAGAGAGCAGCCCUGCAGGAAAGACUGGUAAUGACGAAGUAGUGCGAUCUGAACCAACAAGUUUGUCUAUAAUGCACCCACUGAGUCUUAUAUCCAUAAUUGCUCCCUCGGAUCUGUCAUCCGUUCAAAUCGAAACACUCCAGCUUGUUGCACAGUAUGCUGCUUUGGACGGAAAAGGUGGCGCAUUCUUGCACCAACUGAGUGUGAGAGAAUGGAAUAACAACCAUUUUGCGUUCUGCCAGCCUCGGCAUCCUCAUUUUGCUUUUUUUAGCGCUGUGGUAGAUGCAUAUAGCAACAUAAUUAAAUUGUGGAGCGCUGGAGACCAGGUGACUAUGGAGGAGAACAAGACAUCGGUUUCCCAUGCUUUGGAUGAGGCGGCAUAUCGCGCUGAGUAUGAAAGGGCAAUGGCUCGGCUAGAUUCGAAUGCUGAUGAAAAGGGACCCGGAGUUGAUUGGCAUGACUUUGUUGUCGUUGAGACUAUCGACUUCCCAGUAGACGAAGUUGUUGAACUUUCAAUGCUCCCACCACCACCACCAGCGCCAACUACAGGCGGCACGAUUGCAUACCCUACGCAUGUCUCUGAGCUGGACGAGGGGGAAACGAUUCGAGUUGUACCGUCGUACACACCAAGAGUUGUAGUUCCUGCAAGGCUUCAGGAGACGAAAGCCAUCGAUCCCAUUACUGGCAAGAGUAUUUCGGUGGCAGACAUGCCAGAACAUUUGAGAAUCCAACUACUGGAUCCAAAGUGGGCAAAGGAUAAGAAAAAAUUUCAAGAUAAACAAAAAGAGAGCAACUUGGUGGGUGGGGAUGCCAUUGCAGCAAAUAUCACAAGAUUUGGUGGACCUAGUGGUGCAAGUAAAUUUUUUGAUACAGGUACCCAAAAGUCCCAAAUGCUAGAGGACGGGAUGGUUGCCGCUCAAGCUUCUUGUGCGACCAGCCAAUGGAAUCCUAGCAUGCAUGGAACAAGUUUCAACAAACAUUCAGAAGGUGAAUUAACAGCCAUCGAGCCAGUUAGGAAACGCAUGCGAAUUGCAGAAGAAGGAAACGCUCCAACCACACACGAACCAAGUGAUUAUUCAUCUUCUUUCAUCCAAGACGCUCAUGGCAAGUUACACUUGAAUAACGUUCUAGAAGCAACAAUGACAGUGAAUACGGAUAAUGAGUUACUCUCUGCAGAAGAUUUUCAAGCGUCACUCGGAAAACCUGAAGUCACAGUUCAAGUUCGAAUUCCUAAUGAUCCUUCACAAAUUGCGUGGAAUUUCUACGGGCAAAUUCUGUCAAUGAGAGUUCACGUUAUGACGAAGAUAAAGGAUGUGAAAUCAGAACUUUCCCAAAGGCAUCUCAAUGGGAUGCCUCCCAACAAAAUACAACUUCGAGACACUAGCAUUGGAUUCUUGAAAGAUAGUUCUACAUUGGCAUCGCUUAACAUGGGGCCAACUGCCACCGUAGAAAUGAUCCCAAAAACGCGUGGUGGUAGAAAAUGA